AUGGUGAUUGCUGGCGACCCGUGGCCAUCGCCAAAGCCCGCUGCCUCUGCGUCAAAGGUGAGCGGAAGGUCACCGCCCGUGUCUGCCUCGGGGAGUGCUGCAAUGAAGCCGCCAGUCCCCCCUGCCCCGAAGCCAGCGCCCUCCGUCGCUGCGAGUCCGACUCCGGACCUCGUGUCAAAUGAGGAUCCGGCAUCACUCCUGCCAGCCCCGUCUGCCCCUGUUGCUGAGCCGGUCCCUGCUGCGCUCUCCGCCCCUGCUCUGCCCGAUGUCCCUGUAAAUCCUGCGGCGCCGCCUGCUGUUGCUGAUCCUGUUGAUGUACCGCUCGUGCCUGAACUCCCUGCUGCAUCGCCUGCCGUUGAUGUCCCUGUUGCGCUCGAUGCGGCCGUUGGUUCGUCGCCGAUGGCGGUGUCCGCCACCACUGGCGGCCUGGGCCCGUUUGUAGCGCCAGCUGGCGUCGUCCAGGCGGCUCCUGUUGCUGCCCCUGCGGGUCCGCCGGCGGGCCAACGCUCCUCCCGCCCUCAUUCUCCUGCGCCUCGUGAGGAGCGGGAGUCGUCGCGGCGCCGCCGUGACUCUCCCCGGCGCAACCGUUCGCAGGCGAACUGGCAUGCGCAGCGUGGCGGUCGCGGGGGGUGGGCGGGAGGUCACGGCUAUGGCGGGGGCGCGGCGUAUGUUCAGCCGAUCUCUCUCGCGGACGUGCAGCGUGUUGUCUCAGCGGCGAUACGCGAGGAGAGGGCAGUGCAACGCCUUGCUCCUGCUCCCGCGGCUCCUCCUGCGGGCGUUCCUCGAGAGGCUGCGGCUCCGCCACGUCAGGCUGUUGCUCCCGUUCCUCUUGCCCCUACUCCAGGUCCCUCCGUCCCUGCCGCAUCCGUUGCCGCACGUGAUCGUCGCUUGCGGCUACCGUGGGUUCCUCCAGUGGCAGGACUGGAAUUUGUGACUGCGGCAGGAGGAGCGGUGACGGCACAGUACCCGCCUCUGCUGCCUGCUGAUCCCGCUCCCCCGUCUGUUCUUGAUGCACCGAUACUCCCGACCUUGCCAGGGCCUCCUCGCAUGGCUGAGGUGUACGGUCAUGCCGCUCUGUUCCAGGGGAAUUCUCUGGACGGAGGCCCUCGGGACGAGUGCCUCGAUGCGGCGGAUCGGCUCGUCGAGCUCUUGGCGCCCGUGUUGGCUGCGCCCGCACGGGGUGUAAUUGCGGGUGUUGGGCAGCUUGGAACGGCUGUCCGUGGAUUGAAGCGGGUCCUGCGCGCAGGCACUGGAGACGAAGUGAUCGGCGCAAGCGCGGCGGUGGUGCGGGAGCUUCACCGCUCUCAGACUGGGCUUCUUGCGGUUCACGACGCGGAUCAAUACUAG